AUGGCGAACUUUCAGGUGAACGGUAACCAGGACGACGAUUACAAUGGCCCUUAUGACGGUUCGUUACGUCACUGUGCCAAAAAGGCAGCGAAUCUUAGUCUUCCGGGAGCAAGUGGCAGCACCACGCGGUCACUUUUCAUCUUCAGUGAGGAAAAUUUCAUCCGCAAGUAUGCAAAGAUUAUCAUCGAAUGGGGGCCAUUCGAGUACAUGGUCCUCCUGACAAUCAUCGCCAACUGCAUCGUACUCGCCUUGGAAGAACAUCUUCCAGACGACGACAGAACGCCCCUAGCUUUACAGCUGGAAGCGACUGAGAUGUACUUCCUUGGGAUAUUUUGUGUAGAAGCGCUGUUGAAAAUAGUUGCUUUGGGAUUUUGUUUACAUCGUGGGUCGUAUCUACGAAACGUCUGGAACAUCAUGGAUUUCGUAGUCGUAGUUACAGGGUUUAUCACAAUUUAUGCCUCAAACUCUCAGUUUGACUUGAGAACUUUGAGAGCAGUAAGAGUUUUACGGCCUCUCAAGUUAGUUUCCGGAAUACCAAGUCUUCAGGUAGUGUUAAAGUCCAUCAUCCGAGCAAUGGCACCCCUACUACAGGUGUGUCUGCUGGUGCUGUUCGCGAUCACCAUCUUUGCCAUUGUAGGGUUAGAGUUUUACGUUGGUGUUUUCCAUCGUGCCUGCUUCCGUGUUAACUCUUCCCCCAGUAAUAGUGAAGACGACAUUGUGAUAGGAGAUGAAGCAAACAUUCGACCCUGUUAUGACAAAUCAGGAGCUGCCAUAAACUUUGAGGGAUUUAGGUGUCAAGAACAUGUGUCUGUUUGUCGAAGUUUCUGGAAGGGACCAAACUAUGGAAUAACUAGUUUUGACAACAUAGGUUAUGCCAUGUUAACAGUGUUUCAAUGUGUUACAAUGGAAGGCUGGUCGACAGUCUUGUAUUAUACAAAUGAUGCCUUUGGGCCAUUUUUCAAUUGGAUCUAUUUCUAUCCCCUCAUCAUCCUAGGAUCAUUUUUCAUGCUCAAUUUAGUUUUAGGAGUACUCAGUGGUGAAUUUGCCAAAGAAAGAGAGAGAGUUGAAAACCGCCGUGCUUUCUUCAAAUUACGCAGACAUCAACAAAUACAGCGGGAGCUAGAAGGAUAUUUAAAUUGGAUAUUGAAAGCAGAGGAAGUAAUACUUAAUGAAGAAAGAACAACAGAUGAAGAUAAACUUAGAAUUAUAGAAGCAAGAAGACAGGCAGCAGUGAGAAAAGUGAAACAGAUCAAGGAAGGACGAGACACUAGCGAUGAAAAUAAUGAAGACAAUGACGAUGAUUUAUUGUCAGAAAUAAAUAUACAUUGUAAAACUUUAGCUAGCAGAAGAGCAUCAGGAGGUCGAUUUUCAUCAUUUUGGCGUGCAGAAAAAAGAUUCAGAAUUUCAACACGUCACUUAGUUAAGAGCCAGCCUUUUUACUGGUCAGUUAUCGUACUAGUAUUCCUCAAUACAGUAUGUACAGCUUCAGAACAUUAUGGCCAGGCUGAAUGGCACACCCUAUUUUUAUAUGUGACAGAGUUUGUAUUCCUAGCUUUCUUCCUGAUGGAGAUGAUUCUGAAAAUGUAUGGUCUAGGCAUCCGGAUAUAUCUCCAGUCCUCAUUCAAUAUAUUUGAUUGUGUUGUCAUCGUGGGAAGCAUCUUUGAAGUGAUCUGGUCCGAGUACAAAGAUGGCGCCUCCUUUGGUAUAAGUACCCUCAGAGCUUUAAGACUUCUAAGAAUAUUCAAAGUUACCAGGUACUGGGCAUCCCUGCGGAACCUGGUGGUGUCCUUGUUAAGCAGUAUGCGAUCCAUCGUCAGUCUCUUGUUCCUUCUCUUCCUCUUCAUCCUCAUUUUUGCCCUCCUCGGGAUGCAGUUGUUUGGAGGAGAAAUGAAUUUUGAAGAUGGUCGACCAGCUAGUCACUUUGAUACCUUUCCAAGAGCUUUACUCACUGUAUUCCAGAUCCUGACUGGUGAGGAUUGGAAUGAGGUCAUGUACAGUGGUAUCCGUGCUGGCGGUGGUAUCGAAGGUCAUGGAAUGAUCUACUCAUUAUACUUCAUCAUUCUGGUUGUGUUUGGUAACUACACACUGCUUAAUGUAUUCUUGGCUAUUGCUGUUGACAACUUGGCCAACGCUCAGGAGCUGACUGCUGCAGAGGAAGAGGAGGAUGGACAGAAGAUUGCGCGGCAAAAUGAACUGAAAAAGGAAUUGGAAGGAAAGUUCACAGAUCAGCGCAUGCUGGAGGAACAAAAUCGUGAAGCCCUAGCUCUGACAGAAACAGGCCUCCCUCCACAAGUCAAUAUAUGUCCACCAUCCCCUGCAAACAAUGAGGACCCAAAAACAGGAAACUUUCCUAACUCCGGCAGUCAGAUGGACAGAAACCUCAGCCAAAAUAAUCUCAAGAAUAACCGAGACAAAAAUUUAGCCCUGGAAAUGGACAACAAAGCUAACAUCAAUGCUGAUCUGGACAACAUUACCUUGUCUGAUUCAGGAAGUAACGAUAGUAGUGUAGAUGUCCCAGACCCCGCUACAGGACAGCAGGAAGAAAAUUCUAACAGUGGACCAAAACCAAUGCUUCCUUAUAGUUCCAUGUUCAUCUUUGGUCCAACAAAUCCAAUUCGUCGAUUCUGUCAUUUUGUUGUGAACCUGCGUUACUUUGAUCUGUUCAUUAUGAUUGUGAUAAGCGCCAGUAGUAUUGCCUUGGCUACGGAGGACCCGGUGAGAGAAAAGUCGACCCACAACAGUAUCCUGGAGUACUUUGACUAUGUCUUUACAGCAGUGUUCACUAUAGAGAUGAUACUAAAGGUGAUAGAUCUUGGAGUGAUUCUACAUCCUGGAUCAUAUUGCCGAGACUUAUGGAACAUUUUGGAUGCUGCUGUGGUCAUCUGUGCCCUCGUUGCCUUCAAAUUCUCUGACGGUGCGAGUAAAAACCUGAAUACCAUCAAAUCUCUGAGGGUGCUUCGAGUGCUUCGUCCUCUUAAAACUAUCAACAGAGUACCAAAACUUAAGGCGGUAUUUGACUGUGUAGUGAAUUCCUUGAAGAAUGUUUCAAACAUCCUCAUCGUGUACAUGUUGUUCCAGUUCAUCUUUGCUGUUAUAGCUGUUCAGCUGUUCAAGGGAAAAUUCUUCUUCUGUACUGAUGAGUCGAAGGAAACUAAGAAAGAAUGCCAAGGCCAAUAUUUCUCUUAUGAGGAAGGAGCUGACUCCCCAGUAGUGAAAGAUAGGAAGUGGCAACGGCAGGAUUUCCACUACGACAACAUAGUGUUUGCCAUGCUAACAUUGUUUACGGUCACCACUGGAGAGGGCUGGCCUGACGUGCUCAAGAACUCCAUGGACUCGACAGUAGAGGAUAGGGGGCCAAAACCUGGAUAUCGAAUGGAGAUGGCCAUCUUCUAUGUGUUUUUCUUUGUUGUCUUUCCAUUCUUCUUUGUGAACAUAUUUGUGGCCUUAAUCAUUAUAACAUUCCAAGAGCAGGGAGAAAGUGACCUAGGAGACCAGGAUCUGGACAAAAAUCAGAAACAGUGCAUAGACUACGCAAUAAAUGCACGCCCAACCAGUCGCUAUAUGCCACAGAAGGGGACGGCCAAGUAUCGAGUCUGGCGCCUGGUCGUCUCCCAAAAAUUUGAAUAUUUUGUCAUGACAUUAAUUACACUAAAUACGAUAGUAUUAAUGAUGAAGUAUAAUCUGCAGCCAGAAGACUACAAGAAGAUCUUGAAAUACCUUAAUAGUGGUUUUACGGUUAUGUUCACCAUAGAGUGUACUCUCAAGCUAAUAGGGUUUGGCAGGUUCACUAACCAAAGCCAAUUUGAUGGUACACAGGGCAACGAUGUUGAUUUAACAGCGGCUUCAACUCAAUACGAAAGGGUUCUAAUUUCAAUAAAUAUCGUAUUCACGGUUCUAUUCACCAUCGAGUGUGUCCUCAAGAUACUAGCGUUUGGAAUAAAGAACUACUUUCGAGAUCCUUGGAAUGUCUUUGACUUUGUGACAGUUAUCGGCAGUAUCAUAGACGUCCUUGUCAGUGAAUUUGGGGAGUCGUAUGUAGGAUUCAACGUGGGAGUUUUCAGGCUGUUCCGAGCGGCCCGGUUGAUCAAGUUACUGAGACAAGGAUAUACUAUUCGUCUCCUCUUGUGGACUUUUCUUCAGUCUUUCAAGGCAUUGCCUUAUGUUUGUCUUCUCAUCCUGAUGCUGUUCUUUAUUUAUGCCAUAAUAGGAAUGCAGGUGUUUGGUAACAUCAAGUUAGAUUCCAAGACGUCUAUUACCAGACAUAAUAAUUUCCGUAAUUUUGCUCAAGGCCUCAUGUUAUUGUUCAGGUGUGCCACUGGAGAAAGUUGGCAGCAAAUAAUGCUAUCAUGUUUGAGUGGUAAAACAUGUGAUCCGGAGUCGGGCAAUAAAAAGAAAACAUGUGGCCUGGACUUUGCAUACAUCUACUUCGUAUCAUUCAUUUUCUUUUGUUCUUUUCUUAUGUUGAAUUUGUUUGUUGCUGUCAUCAUGGACAACUUUGACUAUCUGACAAGAGAUAGUUCUAUAUUAGGGCCACAUCAUUUGGAUGAGUAUUCGCGGGUGUGGGCGGAUUAUGAUCCCGCAGCCACAGGUAGAAUACACUAUACGGACAUGUAUGAGAUGUUGAAGAACAUGGAACCGCCAGUCGGGUUCGGUAAAAAAUGUCCAAACAAGUUUGCAUAUCGGAAGCUCAUACGAAUGAAUAUGCCAGUUGCCCAGGACGGAAAAGUCAAUUUUACGACGACAUUAUUUGCCCUAAUAAGGGAAUCUCUUGGGAUAAAAAUGGCUCCAGUGGAGGAAAUGGACAAGAAGGACGAAGAGAUGCGAGACAUUAUACGAAGGUUAUGGCCAGUCCAAGCUCGUAAAAUGGUCAAUCGCCUCGUGCCGAGCAACAAUGAACUAACCUAUGGAAAGCUAACAGUGGGGAAAAUAUACGUAGGCCUUUUGAUACUAGAUAAUUGGAGGGCCUACAAAGCGAGCCAGACCAAAUUUAACAAUAUGAAAUUGCGUCACCCGUGCUUUUUCCAGAGACUGAUGGGGGUGCUGAGGACGCCGUCCGCUCGCUCAAGCCAGAGUCUAGACCAGGACACAGACCAUUCAGGAGAUGAUGACAUGGACGGAGGUCACAG